GGCAAGCUCGCUUCUUCUUCAACGCAUCAAACACUCCUUCAGUGUGUCCAUCCUUAGGUGUACGCUUUUUCCCUCCCAAAAUUAUCUAACCGUUGAGCAAAACUCAAUGAUAGACAAAAAAAUUUAAAAUGUAUUCGGUGAUAACGGUAUUCAAAUGCAAUUGAGGCUUUGCAGAUCCAUUUUUGGGUUCUUUGGAUUUAAGAAUCCCACUACAAAAGCAUCAAACUUCUCCACAGACCAUUCUUUGGGUUUGUCUUCAUUGUCUUCUCUAGAUUGUGAAGCAAUCGCUAGAGCUUUAAUAUUGUGCAGACAAACUCAGACACCCGGCAAUGUUGGAGCUCUUCACGCCCAGGUAAUCAAGCAUGGAUUAUAUCACCAUGUUUAUAUAGCAAACAACUUGAUAUCAAUAUACGCUAGCUUCGAUCAUUAUGAUGAUGCGGCAAAGUUAUUCGUUGAAAUGCCGGAAAGGAAUGUGGUAUCAUGGACUGCUAUGAUAUCAUCACUAUGUCAUGCUGGAAAUCCAGCUGAAGCUCUGAGAAUCUUUGUAGAAAUGUUGAGUGUUGGAUUGGAAGAGCCUAAUUGCUAUACGUUUUCUGCGGCCUUAAAGGCUUGUGCAAUGUUAAGGAAACUUGAAAUGGGUAAGUGGGUGCAUAAACACAUUCAAAAUUUUCAUUUGCAAGCUGACACUACGCUGAUGAAUGCAGUAAUUGAUAUGUAUAUUAAGUGUGAUAGUAUGGUAGAAGCUAGGAAAAUUUUUGACAUGAAAUUUUCUCUCAACUCUGUUUCAUGGAAUACAAUGAUUUCUGGGUAUUGUACUGCUGGUGAAAUGAUUGAGGCAGAGAAUCUGUUUUGUCAAAUUCCAAUGCCUGAUGCUGUUUCAUUCAACACUAUGGUUAUGGGAUUUGCAAAAAAUAAGAAUUUUAAAGCAUUUUAUUAUGUUAAUUUGAUGCACAGACAAGGCUUUAAGCUUGAUUGCUUCACCUUACCUUGUGCUCUGAAGGCUUGUGGUAGCUUAGGUGAGAGUGGAAUGGGAAAACAACUCCAUUGCUACAUUGUUAGACGUGGCUGUUGCAUGGGAUCAUCUCUCAUUGAUAUGUAUGGAAACUGUGGCCAUGUAGAUGCAGCACUGAAGUUGUUUGAUGAGCGCUUUAAUUAUGAAUGUUCAAUUAUCGACGGAUUGUCCCAUCUGAAUUCAAUGCUUUCUGUCUUUGCUAACAAUGGAUAUGAAAUCUGUGCUCUAUAUUUGCUUUCAAAGAUUCAUAGUUCAGGAGUCGAUCUCGAUGCUUUCUCCCUUUCCAGGGCCUUAAAGAUUUGUGUUAACUUGAACAGUAUCAGAGUUGGGCUUCAGGUUCAUGGGUUAAUAAUCACCAAAGGAUUCCAUGUAAAUCAUGUUGUUGGAAGUAUUCUAGUAGAGCUUUAUUCCAGAUGUGGAAACAUGGAAGAUGCUCUGAAAAUAUUUUUCACGCUUUCCCAAAAGGACUUGGUUGCAUGGACAGGGUUGAUAACUUGUUGUGUUCAGAAAGGGGUGAACCAAUAUGCAUUUGCUGUCUUUAGGAAUAUGGUCAGACUUCAAUGUGAAGUAGACCACUUUGUUGUCUCCAUUAUUUUAAAAGCUUGUGCUGCUCUAUCAUGUCUUCAAAGUAGUAAACAGCUCCAUGGUUUAUGCAUAAAAGAAGGGUUUGAAAUGGAGAGUGCUAUCAUUACAUCUCUCAUUGAUGUAUAUUCCAAAUGUGGUCACAUAGAAAAUGCUCUAAGAUUGUUUGAGGCUUCAACUGAGAAGGACUUAGUCUGCUGGACCGGAAUAAUUGUGGGUUGUGGAAAUAAUGGAAGAACUGAUGAAGCUAUUCAGCUCUUCCAUCUGAUGUUGGAGUCAGGGGUGGAGCCAAAUGAAGUUACAUUCCUUGGAGUUCUUUCAGCUUGUAGACAUGCUGGUUUAGUUAGCCAUGCGAGUAGUUUCUUCAAAGCCAUGGAACAGAAGCACGGAUUAAAGCCUCUUUUGGAGCACUAUUGCUGCAUGGUGGAUAUAUUAAGUCGUGCUGGGUUAUUUGAUGACGCUAUGAGGUUGAUUUCAGGCAUGCCUUAUGAACCAGAUGAAAAAAUAUGGAAUUCCUUGCUCGGGGCUUCUGUGAUGCAUCAGAAUGUUUCUAUAGCUGAGAUGAGGGAGCUUGCCAUGAUUGUAAGCCGGAAGGAACCUGGAAGAAGCUGGACAGAGCAAGGAGUUUUGUGAGAGAAAAGGUUUUGUACAUCAAGCUUUCUUUACCUGCUUUAAAACAUUUACAUAAAAGGGCAUGAAUUCAUAAUUCCUAAAAAAUUAUAAUU